AUGCCAUCAUACGAUAUCAAACGAAAAAAGAGGAUGGUGCAGCUUCUGGCUACCAAAAUGGGUGAUAUGUGGUGUCACCUUCCUCAUGAGCUGUGCCUUAUGAUAUCCGAGCUUGCGGUUGGGAAGUACACGAUUGCUAUGCUACAAGGACUGUAUACUGCCCCUGAAGACCUACACCACAACCUGGAUCUCUCGCAAAUCAUCUGGGCACGGUAUAUUGACAUUGGGGUUUAUAAAUACGUCUGUGAACUCUCCAACAUACGUCGAGCGCAAUGCUUCCGGAAAUUGUACGACCCGGAAAUGACCCCCGAUGUCAACAUCUUCUAUGUGCUAGAAGAUCACCUGGGCAUGCGGGACCUGCUCUUUUCUAGUACCGAGAGCAAGCAAAUGAAUCUUUCAUCCGAACAUCUUGGACCAGGAUUCUGGUGGCGGGUUCUCUCGUCCCCCCAGGUACUCCAGGCAGAAUACGAUGUAAGUGCCUCUUAUUCACCCGAGGGUACACUUGGCCGACCAUUUUCCAUUUAUAAAUGGCGUGAAACUCCGAAAUAUAGUGAAUGCGCCAACAUAUUCAUCGAAUCUCCACAAUAUGACAUUCUCCGCGCUAUUGCCGCGGGAGAACGUAGCUACCCUCAAGCUGUAUUGCCGCCCUCUAUCUCCUUUGCAACCUGA